CCUCCAUCUGCCAUGUCCUCCAGUAACAUCCCUGACGUUCCCGCCGCCUUCUCUCCGCUCGUCAAGCUCGACCUGCCUUCACCCGAGGAGUACUUCAAGCGCAAGGUCGCGCUAAUCUCUGGUAUCACCGGUCAGGAUGGCUCGUACUUGACUGAACUUCUCUUGUCCAAGGGCUACGAAGUUCACGGUAUCAUCCGUCGUUCGUCUUCCUUCAACACAAGUCGUCUCCACCACCUCUACGAAGACCAGCAUGAACGGCCAAACAAGUUCAAGCUCCAUUAUGGUGAUCUGUCUGACAGCACGAACUUGGUGUAUAUCAUCGCGCAAGUGCAGCCAACCGAAGUCUACAAUCUCGGAGCACAGUCGCAUGUAAAGGUCUCAUUCGAGAUGGCCGAGUACACUGGCGAUGUCGAUGGUCUUGGCACUCUCCGUCUUCUCGACGCUAUCCGGACAUGCGGUCUCGAGAAGCAUAUACGCUUCUACCAGGCCUCAACAUCCGAGCUCUACGGCAAGGUCGUCGAGUCGCCCCAAAGCGAGACGACGCCCUUCUACCCGCGCUCGCCAUACGGCGUCGCGAAGCUGUACGCGUACUGGAUCAUCGUCAACUACCGCGAGGCGUACGGCAUGUACGCCUGCAACGGCAUCCUCUUCAACCACGAGUCGCCGCGCCGCGGCCGCACGUUCGUGACCCGCAAGAUCUCGCGCGCCGCCGCGGACAUCUCGCUCGGCAAGCAGUCGUGCCUCUACCUCGGCAACAUCGACGCCAAGCGCGACUGGGGGCACGCGCGCGACUACGUCGAGGGCAUGUGGCUCAUGCUCCAACAGCCUCAGCCCGAGGACUUUGUGCUCGCGACGGGCGAGACGCACCCCGUGCGCGAGUACGUCGAGAAGGCGUUUGCCAUCCUUGGCAUGAACAUCCAGUGGCGUGGUACUGGCGUCAGCGAGGAGGGCGUCGAUGCCAAGACGGGCAAGGUAGUCGUCAAGGUUGACUCGCGGUACUUCCGUCCCGCCGAAGUCGACCUGCUCCUCGGCAACCCCGCCAAGGCUGAGCGCGUGCUCGGCUGGAAGCGCAAGGUCGAUUUCGAUUCGCUCGUCAAGGAGAUGGUUGAGGCGGAUCUCAAGGCUGCCAAGUCUCUUGUCGAGGACCAAAACUAGGCAGUCUUGCAGUGACGCUAAACAGAUAAAGUUGCAUGUAAUAAGCUUGCCAGAAAAAGGCAGAGGACAUGGUACUACAUACGCUACGUACGGACUGGGGCAACGCAUGUCAUGAUUAAUGGAUAAUAUUGCAAAGGGCUGCGUGACCGCGGCACUCGCG